AUGAGGGGACUCUUGGCUGUGCUGUGCUCAAUGAGUGUCUUUCUGCCCUAUGGUCGAUGUAUCUAUGGCAGGGGAGAAUGCUAUUUCAACGGCAAAGCCAGCUGUGAGUAUCAGAAUCAGCUGUUCAACAUCGGGGAGAGCUGGGUGACAGAAGACUGUUUCCAGUGUGUGUGUCUAGAGCCCUUUGGAGUGGGCUGCUGUGAAAAUGGUCCACAGCUUGUGGAUUACCCAGACUGGUGUGAAGCCAUACGUAAACCGGACUCCUGUACUGUUGCCGUGGUGAUGAAGGCCAAUCAUAAACUGCCAUGCCUGUUUGGAAGGCAGAACCAGCUGAGACUUGGGAAAGGGCCCAUAUGGAAAUCUGAAAACGACCCUCUCUAUUAA